AUGAGGGAGACCGCCGAAUAUUUCAUCUAUGAACCAGACUCAUUCCUUCGUUCUUUUGACUACUCCGACUCCCUGUAUAGCGCCAUAAGAAAAUGACGCAAAAAAUUACCACUGGGUGGUUUAUCUCCCUCUUCACUAUUGUCGGUGCAUGUCUUGGAUUGAUUUGGACAGUAUUCAUUGGUGAUGGCGAACCCCUGAUCGCAUCUCUGGGCUUCAGCGGCAUCGCAUUUUCAGCUUCGUACUGUCUGAUUGUUUGGCUUGGAGAUUCUUUUAAGAGGGUUGGGUUAAAGGGGAAAGAUAUCUCAAAAGCGGACAGGAGAGAGCUGCCGGAGACUAUGGGUGCUGUUUGCGCGGUCGUCUACCUCAUGUGCAUGAUCGUAUUCUUGCCAUUCGCUUUUUACGAAUAUUUUGUCAUCUUGACGAGCGGCGGUGGAAAUAGGGAUGCUACGAUCGAGGGAGUGGAGACUGGGAGAUUAUUGCACAGGUUUCCUCACAAUAAGUUGGGCGAAUAUCUUUCCGCAAUUCUUUCCCUCCAGAGCAUGGUGAUAUUAGGAGUCGCCGACGACCUUUUUGACAUCCGCUGGCGCCACAAACUCUUUCUCCCGGUCAUCGCCGCAAUCCCGAUGUUAAUGGUUUACUACGUAGAUUUUGGCGUCACCAAUAUUGUUGUUCCUACUAGUCUCCAAGAGUACAUAGGGACAGCUCUCCUGGAUCUUUCCUGGGGAUACUAUCUUUACAUGGCGGCUAUAGCUAUCUUCUGCCCGAACUCGAUCAACAUUUUGGCCGGUAUUAACGGUAUUGAAGUUUCCCAAUCUAUCAUAAUUGGGUCUUUCAUCGCUAUCAACGAUUUGCUAUAUAUCUCUGUCGAAGGUCAUCCAGCUACAGAUUCACAUCUGUUCUCGCUCUACUUCCUCCUGCCAUUCCUAGGCGUUUCUCUGGCUCUGUGGUGGCACAAUUGGUAUCCUUCUAAAGUAUUCGUGGGUGAUACCUAUUGUUACUUCGCCGGAAUGACAUUCGCGGUGGUUGGCAUCCUAGGCCACUUCUCCAAAACGCUCCUACUCCUAUUCGUCCCACAAAUAUUCAAUUUCAUAUAUUCGGCGCCCCAAUUAUUCCGGCUGGUGCCCUGCCCCCGCCACCGCCUACCGAAGUUCAAUGCGAGGUCGGGCUUGAUGGAGCCCUCUCGAGCUCCGUUUGAAAAACCACCCAAGUGGUACAUCGCUCUCAUUCUUGGUAUACUAGAGAAGUUACGGCUGAUCCGGGUAUGGAGGAACAAGGAAGGUGUGAUCAUGGAGUGCUCAAAUCUCACCUUAAUCAACCUCUGGAUCGUAACAUUUGGUCCUAUGAGAGAAGAUAAAGCUACGAUGGGACUCAUGGGAUUGCAAAUUGCCUGCUCGAUAAUUGGCCUAUUAAUCAGACAUAAAGCUGCGCUGUUAGUAUUUCCUCAUGAUAAUUUAAGUAUAUAA